AUGGGAAGGGAGAAAGAGACAAUACUCAACUUCUAUGGUCAUAAACAUUCUGCUCUCAUACUUAUCUUCCUCACCAACAUUUCCAUUCCCUUUGCUCCAACAAAUAAUACUUCCACAGUAACACCUACUUCGCUACCAACGGUUGCUCCCACAGUAAUACCUGUUUCCCCAACAACGGCUGCUCCCACAACGACAGCUGGGCCUCCAACAAUGGCCCUUCAUACAACAAAACCUCAGGACGAAAUACCAUUUUUAGCGACAGGGAUGACAUCUAUAACGGCAAAUGCCCCUGCGACGCCUAUAGUAGGAACACAGUCGGCAACAGAACAGCUGAAAACAUUGGCUAAAGAGCUGCAAGAAAAAGAGGAAAUUCUUGUAAAAAAAGUGGAUAACUUGACUCGUGUGCUUGCUCUCCUUGGCAUUCUCAAAAAGCAUUUCAAGAGUGGAGGUCGACAUCUGAGAUCCCACAGAUCUGCAGCAUUAAUAACAGUUGACGGCUGUACUGAAAGUAGACCAAAAGAAAUUGGCAGCUUUACUACACUUGUACAAGUAAUCAUUACAAAAAUGGUAGAUGCAAUCAUCUCCAGAAAUCCUCUGGCAUCAUGCCGAAUCAACCAGUUACAAACCCUCACUACCAGUGUUGUCCAAGGCGACGUUUCCAUGCCCGAAGAUAUCAACCCUUUGAUUGAAACCAUCGAAAGAGCAGUGAGACAACUAAACGGAUUCCUGAAUGAAAUCAAGAAGAAAAAGGCAGAGAUACAAAAAUUGAUACACAAAAUAAAGCAAAAGAUAGAAGAACAACAAAAAUUACCAACUGGGAAUGGCAGUCUUUCCAUCAGUUUGACAUCUUCCACAGCUAAUGGAGAUGCAAGAACAUCAGCUUCAGCAACCAACGUCUAUUCCAUCAACGUCUGCUUCUGCGACGUCUAUUCCAACACCGUCUACGUCAGUAACGUCUAUUCCAACAACUCCAACGAGGUUUUUGAGAAGCAAAUUCCAACAACGACUGCUUCAGCAACGUCUAUUCCAACAACGUCUGCUUCAGCGACGUCUAUUCCGACAACCAACGUCUAUUCCAACAACGUCUACUUCAGCGACGUCUGUUCCAACAAUGUCUGCUUCAGCAACGUCUAUUUCAACAACUUCUGCUUCAGUAACGUCUAUUCCAACAACGUCUAUUCGAACAGCGACUGUUUCAGCAAAGUCUGCUUCAGAAGCGUCUAUUCACACAACGCCUGCUUCAACGUUGCUGAAGCUGUCGUUGAUGGAAUAGACGUUGCUGAAGCUGAUGUUCUAGCAUCUCCAUUAGCUGUGGAAGAUGUCAAACUGAUGGAAAGACUGCCAUUCCCAGUUGCUGGUUGUUGCAACGUCUAUUCCAACAACGUCUACUUCAGCGACGUCUGUUCCAACAACGUCUGCUUCAGCAACGUCUAUUCCAACAAUGUCUGCUUCAGCGACGUCUAUUCCAAGAACGGCUGCUUCAAUAACGUCUAUUCCAAGAACGUCUGCUUCAAUAACGUCUAUUCCAAGAACCGACUUUUUCAGCAAAGUCUGCUUCAGAAGCGUCUAUUCACACAAUGCCUGCUUCAUAACGUCUAUUCCAACAGCGACUGUUUCAGCAAAGUGUGCUUCAGAAGCGUCUAUUCACACAACGCCUGCUUCACAACGUCUAUUCCAACAACGUCUACUUCAGCAACGUCUGUUCCAACAACGUCUGCUUCAGCAACGUCUAUUCCAACAACGACUGCUUCAGCGACGUCUAUUCCAACAACGUCUGCUUCAAUAACGUCUAUUCCAACAACGUCUCCUUCAGUAACGUCUAUUCCAACAACGUCUAUUCCAACAGCGACUGUUUCAGCAAAGUCUGCUUCAGAAGCGUCUAUUCACACAACGCCUGCUUCAGUAACGACUAUUCCAACAACGUCUGAUUCAGCAGCGUCUAUUCCUAUAACGACUGCUUCAGCAAAGUCUGCUUCAGUAAUGUCUAUUCCAGCAACGUCUGCCUCACCAAACUCUGUUUUAGAAACGUCUAUUCCAUCAACGUCUACUUCUGCGACGUCUAUUCCAACACCGUCUACCAACGUCUAUUCCAACAACGUCUGCUUCAGUAACGUCUAUUCCAAUAACGACUGA